CUCUCCAGUACCACUGCAACCUGCUCUUCGAAAACUCUUUCUCCUCAUCAUCCAACAUGGUUUAUUUGACCUCGUACCUGACCACCAGCGUGACCCUGCUGGCCUCAGUUGGAUUGGGCCAUCCAGGCCACAACGUCCAGGAGGAAGCCGCUGAACGCGCAGCCUUCCUCAAACAGGCCCCCGUGCAUUCGCGCAGCUUGUCUCAUUGUGCAUCCAGCCUGAAAGCUCGUGAGGUUGAGGAUGCGAAUGUUGCUCGUCGUGGCGACGCGCUCGAGCACUUGCGCCGCGAGAGGGGGUUGUCCAACAACCAAUACCUCAAGGUUCGCGACCUGGACUCCGUCCUAGGCACAGAUCACCAUUCAAACCUGACCCACGUUGACCCGUCGACCGAUCCCCGCAUCCUCUUCGCGUCGGGAGGCACCUGCAUCGUGCAGCCGGAGGUCACCCAGGGGCCAUACUAUAUUGCGGGAGAGCUCAUCCGUCGCAACGUGGCCGAGGACCAGGAGGGCGUGCCAUUGUUCCUGGACAUCCAGCUCAUCGACACCAACACCUGCGAGCCGCUGCGGAACAUCUACACCGACAUCUGGCACUGCAACGCGACCGGAGUCUACUCCGGAGUCGUCGCGAGCGGCAACGGCAACCAGAACGACUCGACCAACAUCGACACGACCUUCCUGCGCGGUGUGCAGCCCAGCGGACACGACGGCGUCGUGCGCUUCGAGUCCAUCUUCCCGGGCCACUAUACCGGCCGCGCAAUCCAUAUUCACGUCGCAACGCACCCCGCCAACGAAACCAAGAUCCUCCCCAACGGCACCAUUGCCGGCAUGUACGACGGGCACUCCUCUCACGUGGGCCAGAUCUACUUCGACCAGAACCUUAUCACGGAGGUCGAGAAGACGACGCCCUACAGUUCCAACACGCAGGAUCUGACCCUGAACGAGGACGAUAUCAUACUGAAGACGGAGGUGGAUGACACUGACCCGCUUAUGGAGUAUGUUCUUCUGGGAGAUAGUGUCUCCGAUGGCAUCUUUGCGUGGAUCUCCAUUGGUGUGGAUGGCACACGUGAUGACUCGCUUUCCCCUGAGGGUUUCUGGACCGAGGACGGGGGCGAGGUGAACGAUGAUUUCGUAAUGAACAUGGCUGGCAUGGGGGAUUUUGGUGAUUCGGCUUCUUCGAGUGGAGUUGCUGGUGCGGCUGCUACGUCUGCUUGAUGCCCAGUACGGUGAGAAGCUGGCGAGAAUGUGGA